CCACCAUCUCCCAUAAUUCAUCACAACGGCGGCACUCGUGGAUAACGGAUGUCGGCCUCCGUUCGUCGGCCUUCAUAUGUCCCUCGACAGUUUACGGGAAACCCUACGCCAGGAGAAGACAAAUGAAGCCGCGCUCGCAUCAACGACGUUGCAGCGCCAUUUCCGGGCUCUCUGGAAGGUCACGGGCUGCUGCAAUGCCGCUCUGAACGGCCAUCAGCCCCGGCCUGAGGACUUCGUCUAUGGCGAACCCGACGAAGACGAGAGCCGUUUUCUCGACGAGAACGACAUUUCAAAAGGUCGACGCUUCAACGAUGCAAGCCUGCCCUACCCCGUCGCCAACACCGACAGCCAGCCAGCAUCUUCGAGUUCGCUAUCCUUACAGAACCAAGUCCAAUCGGCCUCUGCAAAGUCGUCGCCAUCACCAGCCACCGGCGCCCCAAGUAUUGAAGAGCAACUUCGCGCCGCUUCUGCCUCGCCGUCUGGUGCGAACCAAACGCUGCCCUCAGUCGAGGACUCGGAGCAAAGCGACACUAUCGUUGUCGUCCCCCGCGUAAAGCCAUCGCAGCCUGCAACGCCCACCACGGAAGAGAAGGACUCCAAGACGGCCAAUCGUGAAACAGCCCCCGCCGUCCAGGAUGUUGAAGAUCAGAAGCACUCAGUUGUCGAUACUGCCGACCCCAGCGAUGUCGCACCACCAACUGCUGAAGACUUGAACGCUGCUACAUUUCCUAACGGGUCAAUACCCGCGUCGUCGACCGAAGGCCAGGCCAAGUCACCAAAGGUCGUGCAUCUACCACCAAAGGAGGUUCAGGAAGCCAGACUGCAAGAGACGGAGCAGAAGUUGAGCAAGAUUGCAGAAAAAGAACGAAAGGAAGAGGAGCGUCUUGCUCUCCCUAUCACGCACGCGCCCGUUGAUGUGUCCUCGCCGUCAUCAACAGUCGGUCCGUACUCUCAAGCAACUCCUCAUGCGCAGCACCACUCUCCCGACACCAGCCCAGACAUGGAGGCCUACAAGGAACGUAACAACAUACCGCUACCAGAUGAUGAUGUUCUCGAUCCCGCUGCUCAACAGGUCAAGGAGGAUCACGAGCGUGCGCUCCAAAAACGCAUGACGGAGGCAAGAGAAAAUGCUCGAGCACGAGAAGAAGACUCGCCAACACCCGACAUUGAGAAACAGAUUGAGGAUGAGCAAGCAAUACGUAUGGCCCGCGAUGGGAAGAGCCGCUUGAGCGGGUCACAGCCUGGGGCUGACGGUCAUUCAUUGACAGAGGGUGCCGAGGAUGCUUCACGCGGAACAGCGCCAGAGACGGACCAGUCGGGUGAGUGGAAGGCUAGUCAAGACAAUGCUGUCGACUCUUUGCCCACACCGACUACGGUUGCUGCUGAACCUUCGGUCCUGGAUCGCGACAAUGCCGAGCGGAGAAACAGCCAGCCACAACCCAUUUCUGCCACCGUUGAUCACCCAACCCCCCCUGCAGAUGUCGACACGGAAAUGCGGGAUGCACCAGCAAUGGAUACACAUACCACGACUUCCCCCAAGCAAUCUGCAUCCCUCAAUGAGCGUAUGACUACUCGCGUCGCUUCUGGAGCCAUUCGGCAAAAAUCUGUUUCAGAGAUUAUUUCAGACAAAGCUGCUCACAAGUCGAUCCUGACUCCUCGCUCGAGCCACAUGUCAGCCUCGACUAGCCCUCCACGACCGAGGACCGCGCGGCGCAAAUCUCAAGAAGUUUCGACUGUUGUCUUUGCAAAGAAGACGCCAACACGGGCGUCGAAAGCUCUACAGUCGUACAAUGAAGACUACGCUUCUCUUCAGGGUGCUUCAGAAGACUCCAGCCGAGAUUACCUCGAGGGACUCUUCAAAUACCAGGCUCAUCAUCCACCACGGUCUGUGCCUUUACAGGACCUUGUUGCAUCCGCACGAAAGACUGUGUCAACAGCAGGAACACUUGCCAUGAUUCGUGAGCAUCAAGACUACAAAAUUCUCAAGAGAGUUUAUCAGCUGCAAAACGCCAACCGAUGGUCUUUGCGACAACUUCAGAAAGCAGCUGAACCCGAACGGCCCUUUACCCACCAGGAUCAACUUCUGCUCGACAUGAAAUGGAUGCAGACCGACUUUAAAGAAGAAAGAAAAUGGAAAAAAGCCUUGGCUGCUACGUUUGCAGAGUGGUGCGCCGAGUAUGUGAGCUCGUCACCCGAGGAGCGGACAAGUUUGCGUAUCAAUGCGCGCAUCCCCAAGACUGCAAGGCGUACAAGCAACGAUGAAGACAUGAAUGAUGCCCCCACACCAGACCUUGUUCAUUCUAGCACGCAUGAGACAGAGAGCGAGACGUACGGCGACGAAGACGACGUUCUCACGCCUGUUAACGCUAACCCUCCUGCUGGUCUCUUUUCUCUCGGCUACAACGAUGUUGUUAUGAAGAUUGAUCGCACACCCGCCAGCGAUACCAUGUUCCGGGAACUGCCACUGUACGAUCCCAUGUUCGAGGGCUCCAGCGACACCAACCCAUUCUCACUCUCUGAACCACCCAUCCUUCCCGUCUCGAAAUUCGUCACUGGAAAGCUGGUUUCGCAAAUACAAGGCCCACCAAAGAAGCGGAGUCGAUACGACUAUGACUCUGAAGACGAGCCUUCCACCCCGCCAAGCCGAUGCGGAACUUCGGCUGAACAUUCGAUGCCAUCUACUCCAGGUCGGAGACUGUUCUGCCGCAACGAUCUGCCACCAGAGAUGACCAACGUUGCAUUGUUCAAUGCUGAGAACAAACAUGUCCGUGACCGUUUGCAAGCCGCCCACCAAUUCAGGCCACCGACAGAGUUCAACAUGCCCACUGUGUCUUUCUUCGAGAACCGGACACCUUCUCAAUGGCUAUGGGAGGAAGACCAGAAGUUGCGCGCUCUAGUAAAGGAGUACACAUUCAACUGGUCUUUGGUUUCCCAGCAACUCUCCUUGCCUUCACUGUUCGUAUCUGGAUCAGGCCGUCGAACGCCAUGGGAGUGCUUUGAACGCUGGGUUCAGCUUGAGGGUCUGCCAGCGGAAAUGUCAAAGACCCAAUACUUCCGCACUUACCAAGGCCGACUGGAGCAGGCCAAUAAGACUGUGUUUGCUCAGUUCCAGGCCCAGCAACAGCAGCAGCAACAGCAAGGACAAACGUCAGGCCAGCCGCGAAGAAGGCCUACGACGACGCCAAUAAGAGUUGAGAGGAGAAGAGAGAACCGCCAUCUCGCCAUCAUUGAUGGUAUGCGCAAGCUUGCGAGGAAACGUGAAUCUGCAGCCCACAAGCAAGCCGAGUCCCAAAAGGCCGCUGCGCUUCGCAAAGCACAUGAGCCUGCGCCACCAAAGAACAAUGUUCACACGCCUCAAGAGUUCAGUCGACUCAAGUGGGAACGCGAAGAGAAGAUGAAGCAAAGGCAGAUGGCGCAGGAGAUGAUGGCUAGACAACAAAUGGCGGCACGGCAGCAACAGGCCCAAAUGCAGGCACAGUCAGGAAUGGCAAAUGGUGUGAACCAAAUGCAACGCAACGGAACCCCUGGCGGCAAUAAUGUCCCUCCACAAAUGGCUAAUGCGUCGUUGCAACAGGGGCAAAAUGGCGCGGCAAUGGCGGCACGAGGACACCAAUCUCAGCAGGGUAUGCCAGCCAAUUUCGGCAACGGUAACAUGCCUGGUGUUCCUAUGGGCACGCCGGGUGUCCCCCAGGCACAAAUGCAGGGUAACAUGCAGGGCGCCCAGCGCAUGGGUCCACCGGAUCAGAUGCGCAUGGCCAUGCAACGAGGCCAGUUCAACGCCAAUCAGCAACACCAAUUCCAGCUACAGCAACAAAAGAUCAACAUGGCCAGCAACCUCUCCCAGGGUAUGGGUAUGAACGGCAUGCCCAAUGCAAACAUGAUGGCAUCCAUGCCCAACCAGAACAUGAACGCGUCCAUGAACGGGAACAUGAACAAUGCGAUGAACGGAAUGUCGAACAAUGCUGGGUCUCCACGGAUCAACCAAGGCAACGGAAACAUGCAAACACCAGCCCGGCCCUUGUCCAGCGGGCACAUGCCUCAACUCCUCCAGUUCCAGAACCAGAUAAAGGUACAGCAUCCGGAUUGGACCCCAGAACAAGUUUCAAAACAGGCCUCCGACCACCUCUCCCGUUUCCUGGCUAAGCAACGUACACAGGCAAUGAAUGCAGCAGCUGGAUCACCUGGCGUAUCUCCUAGUCCACAGAUGGCCAACAAUCAAUACUUCCAGCAGAACGGUGGUAUGACCAACACUCCUCAGCCAAACGCGGUACAGAACUAUCAGCAGCAACUUGUCCAGCAACAGCGGCUGAUGGCCAGACAGCAAGCCGGUAGUCCAGGACUGAAUGGCCGACCACCGAGUCGAAGCGCAACGCCCCAGAACCCACAAAUGCAACAGAGCCCGGGCAUGCAGCAAGCGCAGGUCAACCGGUCCUAGGUAUCCCGAUUGGCAGCAGGGAGCCCGCGCGAAGCCACCUCCGAACCCUUGCCUUGUAUAUACUUUUAAUGUUGCUGUUAGCGUUGUUCUUCUAAAGCGUGGGGAAUUCUGGCAUUUGCUACAUGGCGGAGAAGAUGUCUUGUAAGAAAGCAUGGUGUUUGGGGCGUUUAGCGGCGCGGUUGGACAUCAUGCAAGCGGUGUGCUUUGGGCAGUGAACGGGGCGUUUGUGUGUUCUGGCUUUUGCCAGAGACAUUUCAUGCCCCUUGGUAGGGCUUCAAAAAAGCCUGUAGAACUUUGCGAGCAUCAUGCAACUCGAC